AUGGUCGGAUGGGUGCUGGCCAACUCGGUGGGGGCCCCGGCCCUCACCCCUUCGAAAGAGGGCCUGAGCAGCGAACCCGGCUCCAAGCACGCCCUCCCCUCCCUGAGCAUGUACUCCGAGCUACCCGGCUCUGAAAUAUCCAUCGAGGAGUUUGAGCAGGCCGCCCUGGACAGGCUGCGGGUCCUUAAGGGCCUGGACGACCUGAAGGCCAAGGGCUUCCGCCCCGAUCAGGUGCAGGACAAGGUCCUUUCCCUGGUGGACCAGUACCUCAAAGCCGCUACACGAGAAAGUACCAUCCGGAAGGACACCGUGUCCCACUACGUGCUGCGCCUGGCGUAUUGCCGGACCGAGGAGCUGCGUCGCUGGUUCCUGGCCCAGGAGUGCGAUCUCUUCCGUGCACGCUUUCGGGCCCUGCUCCCCGGCGAGCAACGCGCCUUCAUCGAGGGCAACCGCCUGCCCUUCCGCCCCCUCACCCCCGCCGAGUUCAGGGAGGUGGAGGACGACCUGCGGGCCACCAUGCUGGCGGUGACCGGCAGCCUGCAGCAAACCAAUGCGCUGUUCCAGGGCGCCGCCGCGCCACACGAGGCCUUCUACCGUGCGCCCUUCGAGGCUGUGCCGGACCUGGUGGGGAGCAGGAGGGUGUACCUGCGCGCCGGCCACGCCUACGUCAGCCGCGACCAGGCGGUCAGCCUGGCAGUGCAGCCCUUCAGGGCGGCGCUGAGCAAGGCGCUGGUGACCACGGCGCGGCGCUGGAGCCAGGUGGUGGGCCCCAGCGAGGCGCACCGCCUUGCGCCCAUCGUGGAGUCGCUGAGUCAGCGCUACCUGGGGCCCGACUACUCGGACCCCGAGAAGCGAGGGGUGACGGGCCAGGUGGCGGCCUCGGACAUCCCGCGCCUCGCCCAGGAAUCGUUCCCCCUCUGCAUGCAAGUCAUGGCACAGGCCCUGCACGAGUCGCACCACCUCAAGCACGACGGGCGCAUGCAGCUGGGCCUCUUCCUCAAGGGUAUCGGGCUGCCCCUGGAGGAGGCCGUCCGCUUCUGGCGCGCCGAGAUGGCCGCCACCGCGCCGGGCGAGAAGUUCGACAAGGAGUUUCUGUACAACGUGCGGCACAACUACGGGAAGGAAGGAAACCGGCGCGACUACACGCCCUACACCUGCUCCAAGAUAAUCGCCUCCGUGCCGGGAGUGGGUCAAGUGCACGGGUGCCCCUUCAGAACGUUUGGGCCCGACGCCCUGCGAUCGGCCAUCAGCCGACUCCAGGUGACCCCGGCAAAGGUCGACGAGGCCUGCGCAAAGGCCAAGGCUGGCCACUUUCAGCUGGCGUGCGCUGCAGUCUGGGAAGGGAAGCAUGGCUGCAGCUGCGAGACGGGGAUCAACCACCCCAACCAGUACUUUGAGGAGAGCCAAAAGGUGCUGCAUGGCGAGCAGCAGCCGGGCGGGCCGGGUCUGAGCCAGAGCCAGGGUGUCUCCACGGCAAAUCCUGCGCCGGCUGGAGCGUCGCCACUCCCUGCAUCUGUCCAGCCCCAUACCAAGCAUGCGAGAGUGGCUUGA